AUGCUGAUAGGAUUCACCUUUCGGCAGUCUCCGCGGCUGACCUUUGUUCGCUCAUUCAGCUCUUCUUCCCACCGACCUGCUGUCUCCCACACCUCCUCUCGAUUGGACUUCCGCGCCAUCGACUCUAAAUGGCAGCAGCAAUGGGCCUCGGAGGCCGGUCUUUCGAGGCGGCGGCAAUCAUCUGAGAAGUGCUAUGUCCUUCCUAUGUUUGCCUACCCAUCGGGGUCACUGCACAUGGGGCACCUACGGGUUUACACGAUAUCCGAUGUCAUAGCUCGCUACAGGCGGAUGAGAGGCGAUGAAGUACUACAUCCAACGGGCUGGGACGCUUUUGGAUUGCCAGCCGAGAAUGCUGCUAUCGAACGCGGGAUUGAUCCAGCCGUCUGGACGGAAGACAACAUGGCAAAGAUGAAAAAGCAGCUCCAGAGCAUGAAUACCAGCUUCGAUUGGGAUGCCGAAAUAUCAACAUGUUCGCCAUCAUUCUACAAGCAUACUCAGGCACUUUUCCUCAAAUUGUAUCAUCGUGGACUGGCAUAUCAAGCAGAAGCAUUGGUGAAUUAUGAUCCAGUUGACAAAACUGUCCUUGCUAAUGAACAGCAGGUCGACAGCAGUGGCCGCUCUUGGAGAUCUGGAGCUUUGGUACAACAGAUCAAACUUCGUCAAUGGUUCUUUCGCAUCACCGCGUACCGGGAGGCUUUGCUCCGUGACCUCAACUAUCUGUCCGAAGGUGAUAAGUGGCCCGAAAGGGUGCUAUCGCAGCAGCGAAACUGGAUCGGCCGGUCUACUGGCGCACGCAUUCAAUUUGACUUGCAGAGAGACAUGGGAACGUCGGUGCCCGUCCGUGUUUUUACAACACGACCAGACACGCUGCUCGGUGUAGAAUACAUCGCUCUUUCUAUGACCCAUCCUCUUGUACAGCAGUUGGCAACACAGUCUCCCGAGUUGCAGCGAUUUCUAGACAAGCGAGCAUCCUUUCCACCAGACUCCAAGGCAGGGUUCGAGUUACCGCUUCGCGCCCUCCACCCGCUUUCCCAUAUCCUCGAGACCAACCAAGAGCCACUUCCCGUCUUUGCUGCGCCCUACGUGCUCGAUGAUUACGGCGAGGGAGCGGUGAUGGGCGUCCCUGCGCAUGACUCUCGUGACUUGAGCUUCUGGAAACUCCACAGACCUUCGUCUCCCAUCACUGUCGUCGUUAGAUCUGCAAACGCCGAUGCGUCUCAAACCCAAAUCUAUCCUGCAGAAUUGACCGAAGCAUAUACAAAUGCCGGCUUUUUGACUUCGGCAUGCGGGCCGUACGCAGGGCUGUCUAGCCACGAUGCCAGCCUGAAAAUUGUGGACGACUUGAAGAAAGAUGGCCGGGGAGAACCGUAUGAGACAUGGAGGUUGCGUGACUGGCUGGUAAGCCGCCAGAGAUACUGGGGAACACCGAUUCCCAUUGUGCAUUGUCCCGAUUGUGGAACAGUGCCUGUCCCUACUGAAGACCUCCCGGUCGUGCUACCUCAGCUCGAUUCGUCUGUCAAAGGGCAGACGGGUAAUCCUUUAGAUAGGAUUGAUGCUUGGAUCAAUUGCGAAUGUCCGAAAUGUGGCCAUCCCGCCAAAAGAGAAUCGGAUACGAUGGAUACCUUCGUCGAUUCUGCGUGGUACUUCAUGCGCUUCCCAGAUCCAUCCAACGAGGAUGAGCUUUUCUCCCCACAGUCAGCUACGAGCAUGCUUCCAGUCGAUAUCUACGUGGGUGGAGUCGAGCAUGCAAUCCUGCAUCUGCUCUAUGCUCGAUUUAUAUACAAGUUCUUAUGCAGUGAGGGCCUCGCUCCCAGCCAGGUAGGCAACGAGGAGCCCUUUCAACGGCUUGUGGCCCAAGGUAUGGUUCAUGGAAAGACGUUUUCUGACCCAGACACCGGUCGGUUCCUGUUAGCUGGGGAAGUUGACAAUGAUGGCGAAACCCCUCUUAUGAAGUCAAGCGGAAAGCCAGCAAAGGUUAGCUGGGAGAAGAUGUCCAAGAGCAAGCAUAACGGCGUAGACCCGUCUGCCGCGAUUGACAAAUUCGGAGCCGAUGCUUUACGGGCUCACAUCCUAUUUGCAGCCCCGGUCAGCGAAGUUUUGCAAUGGGACGAGAAAAAGAUCACCGGGAUUCAACGGUGGUUUGGCCGCGUGAAUCGGCUAGUAUCUGAUCUUAUUGCUGAAGAAGCAGUUGGCGGAGUUGAUGAUCUAUCGAUGGUCCUCAAUGAUCUCCACUCGCUAUCUGAAGACGACAUCCAGAUCCUGCUGAUAGCGCAAGCCACCUGCAGGAGUAUCUCUCAAACUUUCUCCAACGACAUCUACAGCCUGAAUACCGCAGUCUCCGAUCUCAUCAAACUUACGAACGCGCUUCAUGAAACCGGAGUGAAGAGCUUGAAACCGGCAAUUGCAUAUCACACAAUUUCCGCACUGCUGCGAAUGAUGGCUCCGAUAACGCCGGCCUUUGCUGAAGAAUGCUGGCAGGGUCUGACGGCCGGUGCUAAUACAGGAAGCAUCUUUAGCACGACUUGGACGAGUGAUGUGAUUGCCCCGGAGCAAGAAUCCUUGUUGCGAAGCCGCAAGAAAUCCAUGACGUGUGCAGUUCAGAUCAACGGCAAGCUUCGAUUCACCACGCAGAUCCCAUCCGGUCAAGCUCAGGGUACGUCUGCGGCCGAGAAGGCCGCAAGGGAGACAGAAAUAGUCGAUGCAGUGCUCAAAACAGACAACGGCCGAGUGUGGCUGACAGAGAAGCAUGACUGGGGGAAGCGGAAAAGAGUAGUUGUCGUUGGCGGAGGCAAAGUGCUGAACGUGGUCUUCUGA